GUGCUGCAGAACCGGAUUGAGCAGCUGGAGCAGCUGCUGGAGGAGAACCACGAGAUCAUCAGCCACAUCAAGGACUCCGUGCUGGAGCUGACCGCCAAUGCCGAGGGGCCGCCCGUGGCGCUGCCCUUCCACAUGCCCAAUGGCUCCUGGCUGCUGCCCCCCGAGAGCAGGCCCAGCUUCUACUCCGUGGCGCCCCAGGACUGCCAGUUUGCGCUGGGGAGCCACAGCCAGAAGGGAGACCUGCAGAUGUUGGCUGUCGCGGCAUCGCUCCCCUAUGACAACCAGGACGGCGGCGUGUGGAAGCAAGGCUUUGACAUCAGUUACGAGCCCCAUGAGUGGAACCUGGAGCCCCUGCAAGUGUUCGUGGUGCCCCAUUCCCACAAUGACCCGGGGUGGAUCAAGACGUUUGACAAAUACUACUUCGACCAGACGCAGCACAUCCUCAACAGCAUGGUGGUGAAACUGCAGGAGGACCCUCGGCGACGCUUCAUCUGGUCUGAGGUUUCCUUCUUCUCCAAGUGGUGGGACAACAUCAGCACUCAGAAAAGGGCCGCGGUCCGCAGGCUCCUGGGCAACGGUCAACUGGAGAUGGCCACCGGGGGGUGGGUGAUGCCCGACGAAGCCAACUCCCACUACUUCGCCAUGAUUGACCAGCUGAUCGAGGGGCACCAGUGGCUGGAGAGGAACGUUGGGGUGACCCCGCGCUCCGGCUGGGCCGUGGACCCCUUUGGCCACAGCGCCACGAUGCCGUACCUCCUGCGCCGCGCCAACCUGAGCAGCAUGCUGAUCCAGCGCGUGCACUAUGCCGUCAAGAAGCACUUCGCAGCCACCCGGAACCUGGAGUUCAUGUGGAGGCAGAGCUGGGACGCCGGGUCCGGCACCGACAUCCUGUGCCACAUGAUGCCCUUCUACAGCUACGACGUGCCGCACACCUGUGGCCCCGACCCCAAGAUCUGCUGCCAGUUCGACUUCAAGCGCCUGCCGGGGGGGCGGAUCAACUGCCCGUGGAAGGUGGCACCCAAGGCCGUCACCACUGCCAACGUGGCAGAGCGGGCGCAGCUGCUGCUUGACCAGUACCGGAAAAAGUCCCAGCUCUUCCGGAGCAAAGUGCUGCUGGUGCCGCUGGGAGACGACUUCCGCUAUGACAAGCCCCAGGAGUGGGACGCCCAGUUCCUGAACUAUCAGCGCCUCUUUGACUUCCUCAACGCUCACCCCGAUCUGCACGUGCGGGCGCAGUUUGGGACCCUCUCCGACUACUUCGAUGCGCUGUACAAGCAGACGGGCACGGUCCCGGGCAUGCGCCCCCCCGGCUUCCCGGUGGUGAGCGGGGACUUCUUCUCCUACGCGGACCGAGAGGACCAUUACUGGACCGGCUACUACACCUCCCGGCCCUUCUACAAGAGCAUGGGCCGCGUGCUGGAGGCCCACCUCCGGGGCGCCGAGAUCCUGUACAGCUUGGCCCUGAACCAUGCGCGCCACGCCGGCAUGGACAGCAGGUACCCGCUGUCUGACUACGGCCUGCUCACCGACGCCCGGCGCAACCUGGGCCUCUUCCAGCACCACGACGCCAUCACUGGCACCGCCAAGGAGGCCGUGGUGGUGGACUAUGGGGUGAGGCUGCUGCAUUCGCUCACGAACACCCAGCGCAUCAUCGGCAACGCGGCGCAUUACCUGGUGCUGGCGGACAAGGAGGCCUUCCACUACGACCCAGCCGCGCCCUUCCUCGGCACCGACGAGACGCGCCUCAAUCAGGACUCGCUGCCCGAGAAAGCCGUCAUUGUGCUGGACUCGGCACCCAGGUCCGUGGUGGUGUUCAACCUGCUGGAGCAGGAGCGCCUGAGCAUCGUGUCCCUGCUGGUGAACACGCCGCGCGUCCACGUGCUCAGUGAGGAUGGGCAGCCUCUGGCCGUGCAGCUCAGCGCCCGGUGGAAGUCCGCCACGGACAUGGCAGCGGACGUCUACCAGGUGUCCGUCACCCUGCGCCUGCCGGCCCUUGGCCUCAGCGUCCUGCACCUGAGCAAGUCUUUCGACAGCCACAACACACUCAAGUCCUCCGUGCGCCUCUUUCUGCAUGGUCGAGACCUCCCUGUGCACAAGCAUGAGGCCUUCCCGGUACAGGUCAUUCCCGCGGCUGUGGAGGACUUCUGCCUGCAGAACCAGCACCUGCGGGCUUGCUUCUCGGGGCCCAGUGGGGCACUCAAGAGCGUGCGCUACACCGGCGACGACCAGGAGCAGCCGCUGAGCAGCCAGUUCCUUGUCUAUGGUACCCGCAGCACUAAAGACAAAAGCGGCGCCUAUCUCUUCCUGCCGGAUGGCGAAGCCAAGUCUUACGCCCCCAGGGACCCGCCGAUGGUUCGGGUGACGGAGGGGCCUUUCUUUUCAGAGGUGGCGGUCUAUCACCAGCAUGUCCAGGAGGUGGUCCGACUCUACAACGUGCCAGGGGUUGACGGGUUGUCCCUCGAGAUCUCCUGCAUGGUGGACAUCCGGGACCACGUCAACAAAGAGCUGGCCCUGCGCUUCAGCACUGACAUUGAGAGCCACGGUGCCUUCUUCACCGACGUCAAUGGCUUCCAGAUCCAGCCCCGGCAGCACCUGAAGAAGCUUCCGCUGCAGGCCAACUUCUACCCCAUGCCAGUCAUGGCCUACAUCCAGGACACGCGGAGCCGCCUGACCCUGCACACGGCCCAGGCCCUGGGGGUCUCCAGCCUCGGCAGCGGCCAGCUGGAAGUGAUUCUGGACCGCCGCCUCAUGCAGGAUGACAAUCGCGGCCUGGGCCAGGGCCUGAAGGAUAACAAGCGCACCUGCCACCGCUUCCGCCUCCUCCUCGAGCGACACAGUGCUGCCAGGAAGCGCUCCGGCUUCUUUUCCAAACUGGCUUCCGUGCUUAGAGACUUGGUAUUUCCCCGCAGCGAGGCUGCCAGCCAAGAGGCGCAAGACAGGCAGCCCGUCAGCUUCCCGUCGCUGCUGAGCCACAUGACCUCCAUGCACCUGAACGCCGAGGUGCUCGCGAUGCCCGUCCUGCUGCAGGAGCCGCCAGCCCUGAAGUCCUUUCUGCCCCUCUCGGCCACCUUGCCCUGUGACUUCCACCUGCUCAACCUGCGCACGCUGCAAGGAGAGGACGACUCCCUGCCCUCGAGCGAGGUGGCGCUGAUCCUGCACCGGAAGGGCUUCGACUGCAGCCUGGAGGCCCGCAACCUGGGCUUCAACUGCACCACCACCCAGGGCACGCUGCUCCUUGGGGGCCUGUUCCAGGGCCUUGAGCUACUCUCCCUGCAGCCCUCCACUCUGACGCUGAUGUACCCGCUGGCCGCCGCCUCCCCCAACAGCACGGCCGUCCACCUGGACCCCAUGGAGAUCACCACUUUCCGCCUCCGGCUUGGGUAGCACCUGCAGCGGGCCAUCCCCGGACUCGCUGGCCAGCCACCCCUCAUCCAAGCAGGGCCACUGGCCACGGGCACCACUUCGCCUGCCAUGCCAAGGCUGGUCACGGGCUGCCCUGCUGUGGCACGUUGGCACUGGGAUGCUGCAGAGGCCGGGAGGAAGCCCACCCGCUGCUGCAGCCAUUCAUUCGUCUCCUCUGAAGGACUCCGGGGUGCAGCUUCUGUUCUCAGGCCCUGGGGC